CUGCGCACGGGGGAGCUCUUCUUGCUGGCAGCAGCAGCGGGCCUGUCGCACAGCGGUCGCCUGAUUACCGCAGCCGCACAAGCGGUGGCCACAGCGGACACUGCAGGAGCAGCAGCAGCCGCAGCUGGCUACCUAGACCUCAACAACGCCCUGGUCGGCAUCCAACACCAGCACCCGGCGGCGGCGGUGGCGGCACGCUUGCGCCGCCACCCCGGCCGAGCAACCGCAGCAGCCGCCAGCCGUCAAGCCCAGGAGCACCUCGCAGCACUACGGCAGCAGGCCACGCAGCUGCUGGUGGCGGGGCUUACCGUGGCGGAUAGUCAGCUGAGCCGCAACGUGGCGCUGUGGACGGAGGAGGCGGUGGCGGCCAGGAACUACAACAGCGCG